CAAAAGUUUAUACGGUAAUCAAAGGCCUACACAGAGUACGAGCAAAGACGCGAAAAUAACGUGCCACGCUCAAUAUAACUUUCAAGAGUUGUCUUGUGAAAAUGCCUCCUAACUGCUUGAUUCAGAAGAAAUCCAAAAGCACAUUGGCACUCCCUGAUUCUAAGUCCACACUUAUUUUAAAUUUAACUCUCGCAAAAUUUUUAUGCUACCCCCAUUUAGCUCAAUUUCUAGCCGCUGGUCGGAAAACAGGCUACUCUCAUCAAGAGAUGUAAUUUGUGAUAAUUCCGAAUCAGCAUAAAUUACUAUUUUGCCGGCAUGGAGCAGAGGUUUCGGGGCAGCUUCGGGGUGUGUAGUGGAAUCAAAAAGACAAGUUACCGUUAGCAGGGUGAGACAUUCCACGGUCAGCUUUCGCCGUGUACAGUUGUAAAGUUCAUUUUCCAUUUUCUCGGUUUUUCUUCGUUAUGCACGAAUGAUACUUUCCGAUUUUUUCAUGAUUCUUUAGUUCUGUCAUUUAAUUACUAUAUUUGUGUACACAAUAAUACAAUUUGUAUUGUAUUACACUGCGUUUAAUUAGGAUACCCAAAACCCCAAGGGUGGCAACACUGCCUUGGUUGGAGGCAUACGUCCCCCUAUUUUUUUCCACCUGGUGGUUUUUAGGGAUUUUCGUGUCCGGCUUUGGUGCACUUUGUUUUCACACUUCAGUCAUAGUUUUCGAAUCUUUGUAACAUCUGCUGACAUUGAAUAAAUGGCACGGUGGCUUGGCUGUCUAACGCGACCAAUCUAAUCACCAUAUGUGUCCGGAUUUAUGUCCGGAUGAGUAGUGGAGGCAAGAUGGUUUUGUUUUAUAUACAAUUUGCAAUUGAGCCUGGGUGCCCUGUGGGUUGAAGAAAGCAAGUGAACGGUCGCUCAGCUAGGUACCAAUCUCUCGCGACAAGAUGGCGACGAGAGGUGCUUCUGAUGAGGGCUAUAGUUGAGGGCUACGAUGCUAUGUAGGCUUCACUUUCAUUCUACCGUACUGGUUUUCAUUGGAAUCUUUUAAGACUUUGCAGACAUUCUGGCUAGUUUACAAGAGUGAACAAUUAAAAUGUUUACAGCCUAUGGAAUGAGGACUUUAACUUUGUCUACAAGCGCACGGUUUCUGCGAGUUUGUCCCUUCCUGUGUCAAAAUUUUCCAUCAUAUACUUUUAAAGAAUUCAGCAAGUCAUACAGCAACUCAUGGCCAGGAGAUGUGAUUGCUAAACCAACAAAGAGAAGUAACAGCCUGCCUUAUGUCAACGUUCCAGACUCCUUCUUGUCUACUAACUUAAAGUCAUCACGCCCAACUAAAGUUAAAAUGAUAAUUGAGAGGAAAAUAAUGUCCCUGAAAACAGUGAAAGAGCAACUGAAAUUUUUUACGGAGGCUAAGUAUGUGGCAGAGACUGUAAACAAGAUUGCCAUACUCUAUAGCAUCGCGAAGAUCAUAGAGGGAGAUGAGGAACAGAAGGAAGUACUAAGACAACAUAAAAGCACAUACAUGGAAUUGCUGGACUCUAUUUCAAAAGAAGUGUCCAAGUGUCUGCCUCAGAAUGUGGCCACAUUAAUGUGGGCACUAGGAAUAAAUCAAGUGAAACAUCCAAAGCUGUUUCACCUUUGCGAGAAGAAGAUUCUGUCUCGGGGUACUUCAGUAUUUGACAAUAAAAAUAUCUGUCAGAUUUUGAGUGGAUGUGCAAGCUUUAACAUGGCAAGAAGUGAAAUAUUUCCCAAGUUUCAAGAAGCUAUUUUAAAUGGAGAGGUGAAGAUCUGUCAUUUUGAAAAUCACCAACUGUCUGGAAUAAUAUUUUCAUUUGCUAAAACAGAGAAUGGUUCCAUUAAACUGUUUGAGGCUUUCUUGGAAGAAAUUCUGUCAAGAGACUUCACAAUGAUUAACAGUAAUGCUUUAGCUGAAUUUGUGUGGUCAUUUGCAAAGAAAGCAGUGGAAGCAGACAAGUUGUUUGACAGAGUAGAAGAAGAGAUUCCAAGACGAGCAACAGCUGACUUGAACAAAACUAGUUUUAUUACUAAGGUACUUUGGGCAUUUGGCAAGGCUGGAAAAGGAAGCAAGCAAUUUUUUGACUAUGUGGACAAUGGUCUUGUCUCACUUGGUGUGGAGAGGUUUAACAAUGUUGAGCUCUUAGACAUCAUUUGGUCUUUUGGAAAGAGGAGUUUUACAAAAGCCAUGGUAUUUGAUGUUGUUAAGGAAGAGUUACUCAAACGUGGUGCCCAUAUGCUUCACACCCAUGAACUUGUGAUGAUCCUACUUUCAUUUUUUGCUGCCCAAAGGCAUGACAACAAGUUAGUUACAGAAAUUGAAACUGAGUUGUGUCUGAGGAAUGGCAAGCAGAUUGCCACUACUCAGUUAUGUCAAGUUGCCUGGUCUCUUGGAAGGAUGGGAAAAGCAAGCAGUCAACUGUUCGAUGUAAUUGAAGCAGAGGUAUUUCAGCGUGGGUUAAAUAAAUUUUCUAAGGAGGAAAAAUUCUUACUUAUGCGAGGAUUUAUUGAGGCCAGCAGAGGAAGUAAAAAGUUCUAUGAAUUUUUAUUUUCUUCCAUUUCAGAAAAAGAUUUUUCUAGUUUUACUGCAAAAGACCUACUUGAAUUUGCUUGGUGUUUCUCUGAGGCUGGUGUUCAACCAGGAACACUGUUUGAUGCCUUAGAAAAGGAAAUCCUAAAUAAGGAGAAAGAGUAUUUCAGUCAGAUACAGGUAAUGUCCAUUAAGAAAAGUUUUCUAAAAGUUGGAAAGGGAAGCAAGGAACUGUUUGAGCUGUAGGUACAGUGUGUAAUCAAAUGAUCAAAUUGGUGACCAAAUGAAGCCUAGAGACUAGUUUAAAGUUAAUUCCAGAUCAUUUAGUUUUUAUCUGUAGGUUGAAGAGCUGUUAUUACAGUUGAGUCUUGCGGUUAAAUAUUCUUUUGUUCAAAAAGUUAUACAAACGAGGUGAAAGGGUCAAUACGUAUGAUUUAUUGACCAAGAUGGCUGGAUAUUGGCCAAGUUCUUUUUUUGCGUGUUUAUGGACCGAGAUGGAGUCGAGGUCC